GGUUACUAUCAUGGUCUUUGUCAGCGGCGAAUGAUCACUACUCUGCUAGUCUUCGCGGUCGGAGGCUUUCUAUUUAAUUAUCACUAUAAAUAUAGGCUAGUUGCGAGAUGGUGAAUUGAACCACAAGUUAACCCUUUAUUCAAUUUACCAAAAAAGCCGGCUUUUGUUCAUACUUGGCAUGGCGAUCGCGCACGUAGCCACCGAAUAUGUCUUUAGCGAUUUCUUAUUGAAAGAUCCAACAGAGGGACAGAGUAACAAAUACAAAGGUGUGCGCCUGGAACUCGCUGUGGACAAAAUAGUCACGUUUCUUUCCGUGGGGCUACCUUUAUUUCUCAUCUCUCUCGCCUUUGCUCAAGAGGUGUCCGUGGGUACACAGAUCAGUUGCUUUGCUCCAACAAACUUCUCCUGGAGACAAGCAUAUUAUGUUGACUCAUUUUGUUGGGCAGCAGUACAGCAGCAAUCUGAGAGCACUCCACUAUGGUUACAUAAGUUUUUCCCAUACAUCCUGCUCUUAGUUGCUGUCCUCAUGUACAUCCCUGCUCUGUUUUGGAGGUUCACAGCUGCACCACACCUUUCCUCAGACCUCAGUUUCAUCAUGGAGGAGCUGGACCGUUUUUAUAAUCGCUCAAUUCGUUUAGCCAAGAAUCUUGCUUCUUUAGAUGGCAAGGAGGGAACUGAUGACUCUCAAAGUGCCUUGGACCUGACAGAAGGCUGCUUCAAAUACCCAUUAGUGGAGCAUUAUCUCAAGACCAAGCGCUUCUCUCGCUGCCUUGUGGUCAGAUACUUGGCCUGCCGUGGUCUCACCCUGCUAAUUCUGCUGUUAGCCUGCAUUUACCUCGGUUACUACAUCCAGCUGGCCUCCCUCACAGAUGAGUUUCCUUGUGAUUUGAGAAAAGGCUUACUUCAAAAUGACAGCUUUGUACCCUCAGCAGUGCAGUGCAAGCUUGUGGCAGUGGGUGUGUUCAGGCUACUCAGCUACAUCAACCUGGUAGUCUACAUCCUCCUGGCUCCUCUGGUGAUAUAUGCUGCAAUCGGACCAGCACGGCAGAGUUCGGGCUUCCUCCAGCCUUACGAUAUGCUCCCUGGGUUUGGCUCUUUAGGAGUGGUUACCCCAGUUUACAAUGAUCUGAGCAUAUAUUUACUAUUUCUGCAGGAGAAUCUGAGCCAGCUGAAGUCAUAUAAGUGUCUACAGGUACUGGAGUUGUUACAAAAAUCAAGCGAUGAAGGAUUUGACACCAUGUGCUUGUUGCAAACUCUGGGUCAAGUGAAGACAGAUGUGGUUGACAGUCAGAAGGGGAUGUGUAUGCUCAAGAAUGAAGUGAAAGACAAUAAAAAAGUUGAAGAAAAUUAAAAACAACUCUGGUAUGCUGAAACAAGACUAAUGAAGUCCUUGAUUUGAUUGUGUUUGAUUGAAAGAUUGUUAGACUCUAACUAAUAUUUUCUGAUAUUUUUGUAUUGUUCCCAUGUUUUUUGUUAUCUCAAUGUUUUUGGUUUUUUUUUUUACGAAAAUGAAUUUUCUAUGUUUUCUCAUAUGCAGAUCCUUAAAAGCAAAAAGCAUCAAUUUAAUGGUUUAUACUAAUAUUAUCUCAGGAAUACUAACACAACUUUAAUUAACUUGUCUGGGACAGUUUUGCAUGUUAGUAUGUUAUCUCAAUAACUCAGUAAAUGGUGCAAACUCUGUAUAUUUCAACAUAACAUUUUGCACAUGUUUUGUCACUGCCAUUUAUUGCAUUUUAUAACAAUAACAAAUCUUCAUUCAUGUAAAGAUAUUCAGCAAUGAAAAAGAUCUCGCUAAUACUGUCAAUGUUCAAUUACU